AUGACGGACAGAACGCUCGGACGGAAUGGAAUCUUCAGUUCAGACGGAUUUAAAUUUAUGAUCCGCUAUCAGAGGUCUUCUAAAUUACCUAUAUUUUGUUCCCAGGAUGGCUUCGUCCUGGUGGGUUCAGUGGCCGGCCAGCGCUACUGGUCGUCGAUGCUAUCACUAGACGCACGCAUCACGUGCGGUUGCUGGACACCGGACGACAACCAGGUGUACUUGGGCACGGCGUCUGCGCAACUCGUCGUCAUGGAUGUGCACGGCGCUAUGGUGUCGCAGGUUCAGCUAGUAGCCGAAGGGGGGAUAACAUCAAUGGCGUGGUCGUGCGAGAAGUUUAAAAUGGAGGAAGGGGAGGAGAACGGGGAGAAUAACGGGGGACAUGUGCUGGCCGUCGCCCUGGGCAACGGGGAGAUCGUGCUGCUCCGGGGACACGAUGACGUCAGCCCGGCCCGGGUGCGCACGGGCAUGCGGGGCCCUACACUGGCUAUGGAGUGGGCAAAUUCCAGGGAACUGCUCGCGGUGGCUGGGACUUUGUUGCCAGAGUCGGACGAGCUGCCCGACGCGCCGCCGUAUAACAACGUGGUGAAGUUCUACUCGGACACGGGCGCGCUCAUUUACACCGUGCCCAUACCAUAUACGCAGGCGCGGGUGACGGCACUGACGUGGGGCCACGCAGCGCGGCGCCUCUUCGUGGGGGUAGGCGGCGCUGUAUGCACGGCGCGGGUAUGGCGGGUGGUGGCGCCGCUACAGCUGCUGGCGCGCGUGCGGGCGGCGCAGGCGCUGCGGCAUCCGCGGCUGGCAGCACGCCUGCCCAUCCCGCCGCGUCUGCAGCCGGCGCUGCAUAACCUCUUCGCGCAUACCAUACGGUGCAACGUGCCAGAAUCAAGCGAGCUCCGCCGCUUCGUGUCCCGCCCGCCAUCCGGCGGCGGGCGCCUGCACUGCACCAUGCUGCGGCACGACGACGAGGAGGCGGGCGCCUACACGCUGUACCUGGAGCACCUGGGCGGGCUCGUGCCGCUGCUCAAGGGCCGCCGCACCAGCAAGAUCCGACCCGAGUUCGUUAUCUUCGACCCGCAGGCUGAAGAGUCGGUAGUGAUCGGCGGCGUGGCGCGCGAGAGCAGCAACAGCAGCAGCACCAGCAGCGGCGGCAGCAGCAGCAGCGCCGGCGCCGUGUCCUCGCCGCGACCGCGCACGCCGCGCACCCCGCGCCGGCCCCCGCCGCCGCCCACGCCUACUCUGACGCAUACGUCGUCGUCUGACACUGAGCGAGAGGAAGGAUGUUCUGGAUCGCCACGUUUGCAAAGAAGGCGGCGAGCAAGAGAGAGACGUAAGAUCCGCAAUACGAGUGACAAGGACGAUACGCCUGACGAACUCGCAUACAUCGACUCUUUGCCUGAGGAUGUGAGAUUAGUGGAAGUGACCUCUAACAUAUGGGGAACAAAGUUCAAAAUGCAUGGACUAGCCAAAAACGUUCCGGCCAACUUAGGACAAGUAACUUAUAAGACGUCACUGCUCCACCUCCAACCGAGGCAGAUGACUCUCAUGAUAACUGAACUUAGGGAUGACUAUCCCGUAGGACCCGAUCCUAAUUUCAACCCGAAUAUAUUCUCCGAAGACGAGGAAGAAGUUUUCCAAUCCAACGAUUCCAAUAACUCCCCUUCACACACUAAUAAUAAUAUCCGUAGAAAGCUCACCCUUAACGAGAGGAUUAACAAUUCAAACAACAUCAACCAAAGCGAAUCUUACAACACAAACAAUAACAAUACGAACAGCCCUUCUCUAGCUAGAGCUGAAUCGUACGAAGAGUUUCCAUACAUCGAUACAAAUGAUACGAUGAAUAACGUAUCGGAAAGCGUUUAUAACGCUACGCCUCCGUUAAGGCAUACGGCCCAAGCUUCAGAGAGGAGGGUAAAUAACUCGGCUAGCGUGCCAAAUCGACAUGCCAUUUCACCUCUCAGAUGCGAGAGUUCCGUGCCCACUUUGCAGUCGCCGAAAAACGCGGUGGCACCCACUGACAUAAUAUUCGAAAGGCCGUCCCCUCAGACCGUGACUUGCGGAGGUCGAGGCGACUUCUGCGGCGGCCGAGCCGACUAUAGCGUCCGCGGGGAUAGCGUCCCGUUGAAAACCAAUCUGUCCAAUAUCGAACAGCAAUCUUUCAGUCUCAAUUUGAGCUUAGAACCGAGCAGACAGGUGACGAUCAAGAAGUGCGACACCCACGUCACCGACAACUGCCUGUCGAAGCUUCGCAAGAAUAUUUGCAGCCGCGGCGAGUCCGCUUAUGAUAUGAACACGAGGAUUCUGAAGAGUUUGUGUAAUAAGAAUUACGAGCACGAGGUUCACCCAGAUGCGAUGACUCGGCGUGCUGAGACGUUGAGAGGGCUGCAGAAAGGGGAGGAUUUGAAGUUUAUUGAUGAGGAGACACCGGUGGAGACGGUGAUAGCGAAUCUAACGGAAAGAGGCAGGGAGAGUCGCGUGCAGAGGACUACUACCGUGGUGCCCAUUAGUCCGGUGUGCGCCAAUGUACCGCUGUAUGACACUAUGACGCGCAGUUGCAGCGUGGGGUACCUGGAUAUGGUAGACCCGUUGCAUGCACAGGUGAGCCUGACGGCAUUACGGGGAGAGCCACCGCGGCGGCUGGUACUAGUGACCAACAAGCGGCCGCGGCGCCCGCGCCGGCCCCGCCCCCCAGACAAUCAGCGAGCCCCUCCGCUAAACAGAUGCGGCAAGUCCCGCAGCCUGGACUCGGGCGAGCUGUCGCUGUCGGCGGAGAAGCGGCCGCCGCCGCCCGACGCCGCCUCGCCGCACUCUAGUCGCUGUGAAAGCACCGGAGGGGAGGAUAACAGCGGCACAAGCGCCGAAGAGAGCACACGCCGCAGUCGUCGCGACUACCCAGUCUGCACUGUAUGCCGCCUAGUCGCUCCCUACGACCGCUCAACCGCGCCGCCAUACAUUUGCGCCGCGUGCGCCGCGCUGAGGCCCGCGCCGGCCGCGCCCGCGCCCGCGCCGCCUGCCGAUAGCGAUUCCGACUACAGCAAGUAUUAUAGUUCGCUAGAGCAGCUGGCGCUGCGUCUGCUAGCGUCGCGGUCGGGGCGAGCCCGCGAGAGCAGCUCCGCGCCCGCCUCGCCCCGCCCCGCGCGCGCGCGCCCCGCCCCGCCCGCCGCCGCCACGCCCCCGCCCAGGCGGCACCGGUACUCGUCCGCCUCGCCCAUACGACAACUACUUAACUCGCCGCUGCUGAACCGGAGACGAAACAAGAAGCCGUCGGAGAGCUCCGACGACGAGUACUCGGGCGCCUGCAGCGAGCUGCACAGCAAGAACUACCGCGACCUCGAGAGCUUCCAGAAGGCGCAGCUCAGGAACAAGCUGAAGCGCGCGGGGGUGGCGGCGCCGGCGGGCGGGCGGCGGCAGCUGGUGAUGCACAACAAGGCGCCCAUGUGGAACGAGAACAGCCAGGUGUACCAGCUGGACUUCGGCGGCCGCGUCACGCAGGAGUCCGCCAAGAACUUCCAGAUCGAGUACCAUGGGAAACAGGUGAUGCAGUUCGGGCGCAUCGACGGCAACGCCUACACCCUGGACUUCCAGUAUCCGUUCUCGGCGCUGCAGGCCUUCGCCGUCGCGCUCGCCAACGUCACUCAGCGCCUCAAGUAAACUGACAGUGGUAAACGAAACUGACACUUAUGGCCAUAUGAUUGAAGUCUAUUUUAGGACAUUACUUUUUAUGAAGAAACAGAAAUACAGAGACAAAAUGUAAUCGGAGAAAUUGAUUGAUAUUUAGUCUAGCUGGAUGAACGACAGGCUUUGUUAUGUAUAAUUAAAUAAUAC